AUGCGAGAACCGAAGGCACAAGCCGCCUUCUUCGGCAAGGACGAUCCGCGAAACGCAAUCAUCCCAAUGAUGAGGGACCCCACCUCACGCGCCGAGAUCCCAGGUACCUUAGUAGCUAUGUUGUAUGUUGCACAAGUGACCCCCCCUGACGCACCCCUACAUCUGGUGCUUGAAGACGACCUACCACUCACAUUCCUGUUCGAGAAGCUAGCUGUGUGGGAAGACAAAGGGUGGAUAGACGUACCAUUCAAAACCCUGCUAAUACCCCUCGUUGGCACCCUUCGUCAUAGGUGCGCUGCGACCACCCUCAGGAAAGCCGUCAAGGAAACAGAUCGACGAGCCAUGGGUGUGGCAAGGGAUUUAGCCUCUAGUGACCCUCCUCAAGGGUUCCAACCCACACCCGCUCCUAGCAUGGAUGGAUAUCCCCACCUUGCUGUGUCUGGAGUUAGACUACAGGUACUGACCCAAGCCCUAGCGUAUCGAGGAAUACGCCUACAACGAGAACCUCAGCGACGACGCCGAACGGAGCAAAAUAUUGAUGCGGCGCGAACACACCUUGAGUCAAAUCAACCCGCGAUCCCUGACGACACGCUCUGGAAGAGCCAAAGAAAUCCAGACUUCAGUAGACCUUUUGCGGUGCUACUAUGGAAAAGCAUGCAUGAUGCGCUCCGUUGUGGUUCAUACUGGCUAAAUAUAACCGGUUAUGAGUAUCGGGCCACCUGCUCAUACUGCGGUGCAACUGAAGACCUAUCUCAUAUACUAUGGCACUGUCCCGCGACCGGACAGAGCGCGAUAUGGGCGAUCGUAUCAAUGCUGUGGACCGGGAAAGGUCUGAAAUGGAGUGGUUUGUCCAAGGCAGAACUCCACACUUUGGGACUCACGGUCUGGAAAGAUAACAAAGGGCGCGUUAGAACAGGCGCGACCAGGCUAUGGCGGAUCCUAGUAUCUGAGGCUACACAUCUAAUUUGGAAACUUCGGUGCGAGAGGGUCAUUGGACACGCAGAUUACGACGGAUGGGACCACGAUGAAACUUACGUUCGCAAUCGGCUCUACACAGCGCUGAAUAGACGGCUAAGCCACGAUGUAGAAGCCACCCGAAAACGGUAUGCAGAUCUGGCAAUACCUAAGCAAACGGUCCUAGAUACGUGGAGUGGACUGCUCCACGAUGAACUAGCCUUACCGCUGGACUGGACGACAUGCACAGGUUUUUUAGUGGGUAGUGCGAUAAGAAUACUACGGGAUACUGACCCGGGAUGA